AUGGAAUACGACCUCAGGUAUGACGCCAAGAGCAAGGGCAUGGUGUUCAAGCAGCAGCCCGAGCACGUGACGGCCCUGCUCCAGCUCGAGCUUGAGCAGACCAACACGUUGAUAUCGGAGCUCAUGAAUCUCGCGGCGGCGGUGCCGCCCAAGGCGUCACCGGAGACAUUCAACAAGGACUUGUCCAAGAUGAUCAAGAAAUUGUACGAGUCCGGCGUGGCGCUGUUCAAGCAGGGCAAGUACACGGAGUCCGCCAAACAGUUCAGCAUUGCGCUUGAGAUUGCCAACCGCAGAAGCAAGUUCGAGGCGUUCCAGGGCACGUUGCAGGAAAUCAGUCUCUUGCUCAUGAGCCGCGCGGACGCGCACUUGAAGUGCAAGGAGUACUUGAAGGCGUUCAACGACGCCGACAUGUUGAUCAGCAUGAUGGUGUGCACGCCCGACAACUUCUUGCGCCGCGGGGUGGCCAACUACUUCUUGGCCAACUACGAGGACGCGCGAGCCGACUACCAGCGCGGCUUGGCGUUUGACGAGAAGAACGAGCGGCUCCAGAAGGAGUUGGACACGUGCCUCGCCCGGAUUCUCGAGGAGAACGGCGACCACUUGUAG